UACAGGUGGCAUCAUCAGGGAGAGUAACAAGUCAUGCUGGCACCUGGCAGUCGGGACAGACAUGUUCAGUUUGGCUUCUACAGGGUGAUUGCCUGGUCGGAUGUGAAGGAAUUUCAGGGUCCUUCUCCUGAGGGAAGUUUUUCCAGGCUAUUGGCAGAAAUGUUUAUAACAGUGCUUCAUGGAGAAAAUGAAAAGGCUCUUUUCAACAUUCAUUGCAAAGUCCAGCUACUCCUGGAGAGCAUCAAACACGGCUGUAGCUGUGAGAAUGAAGAUGACAUUGAGCUGGCAGAUGUGAGUGGCCAGGUGAAGAAUUUGCUUCAGAACCAACAUCGCUGUGCCUCGGAGCUUCUGAGCGAGCGAGAGAUCUGUGUCCUCCUCCGUGUCACAAAUGGUGGAGGUUCUUCAGAGGCAGUAUUUACCCCACUGCUGAAAGAUGAAGGCAUAAUUAAUCCUAAAUUCCUUGCUAAAUUGGGGAACUGGGAAGAUUCCAAGGUCUCUUCAACCGGAGUGAAAGCCAAAAAAGCAGGCAAAAAGACAAGUGUGCUCUUAGAGAUUCCAUCAGAAGAAGGUAAACAGAAUCCAUCGCCCCAAGGCAACAGGACUAAAAUUAUAGUGUCCUCUCCGAAACAAUCCAGGAGACACUGAGAGUGGCAUAUCCCAAGGGAUGGUUGAUGCUGACCUCUCCUUCCCAGCUGCUAUUUGAAAAUGUUUGAUGUCUUCUGGCUUGUUCCUUGGAGAAGUGCCUUUUAGGGCUGACUCCAGGAGUCUGAGCCACUCGGAGCGUUCCAUGCGUACAUUGAUUCUGAAUGAUCCCAGAUUUGCUGUGGAAAAACUCCUCCAUUCUCUGCUAGCCAAUUGGAAAGGACGUGAGAUAAUGGAUUCCUUUCUGAUGGCUCAAGGAAGAAUGUAAAGUUGCAUCAAGAGGGCAUACUGUAAUCUAAGCCUAGGCAUGAAAGGGGUCCUUUUGGAGUGGGGCUCAAUACUGGACUGAUUAACUGUUAAUUCAGCAGCUGAGUAAGGUCCACAAGUUCAGGGCCUAGAAGAUUACUAGAUUAUUGGAUGCAAACUGUAAAAUGCAACCUGCACUGAUGUCUUUGUUAUUGUGUAACCAGUUUUAUGGGUACUAGUUGGAGAUUCUGUUGUUGCUUGUCUACUUUCUCUGUGUGAUUCAGAAUUCUACUUUGUUCCUUCUGAUUGAUGUAACAUUUGCUUUGUGCUCUGUACUUCUUCCUUUGGUGUGUCCUUGAACCACAAGGGCUAUUUGUGUUGAAUGUCUCUCCCUUACAGAGAGAAACUUCACAAUAGUAGAUUUCUUUGAAGUUACUUGGCAUUUAUACCCGAGCAAUCAACAACAGAAUUGGCCCCAACACGUGCAAUUUUGACACUGUCCCUCCAUGGUAGAGCCCUGCAACCCAAGAGGACCCAGCUGUAACUGUCAUAUUUGGGAAACUAUGCAAUCCUUGGGGACUCGGGUCACUUCAGCUCUCUGCCACCUACC